AUGGGGGGUACAAGCCAACAACCAUCAACUCUCUUGGCUGUAUCUCGUUCUUUUGGGGAUAAAGACCUAAAAGUAAAUAAUAUAUUAACUGUUAUUCCUGACGUAAUUUUAUUCCCUCUUUUUUCUUCUCUUCUUUUUAUUGUUAUUGCUUGUGAUGGUGUAUGGGAUACUAUGACGGAUCAGGAUAACCUCACGGCAAUGCUUGUAAUGUUCGAUUAA